AUGCUCAGUUUGCCAACAGUCCGCCGAGGAACCACGACGAAGAAGAAAAUGUAACCAAGGAAGAAGAAAUAUGGUCGGUUUGGCGGCCAAAAGUGCAAAAAUGGAGAAAAUGUUCAGCAAAGUUGUCCAAGUCACCGUCAGAUGUCGAGACUGCGACGAAAGAAAAGCACACAUCCGCGUCACCGUUGAGCUUCAGGCGAGCAAAAGUGGUGUUCACAAACGUGAUCUUGUGGUGAGAUUGACUGAUGACACCGAUCCAUACUUCCUGUUCAACCUCACACUUUGCCAGGAGGACUUUCAAAGUUUGAAAGUCCAACAGGGGCUACUCAUUGAAUUCACGUCGUUCCCGGAGAAGCUGAUUGAACUUCUUCAUCAAUGUCAGUCCGAGCAGAGUUCCAGCCAUCCCAGGUUCCAGCUGCUACUGUCUUGCGACUCGGCCUCACUGGACGGCCCCGCCCACCUGAGCGUGAUGGAGACCAACUCCUUUAAGCACAUUAACCAUCUUUCGCUGAGGCUCGCUCCGGGCUCGGACAAGCUCGUCAAAAACUACCUGGCAGUCUGUCUGUCCUCGCUCAAGGCCGAGAAAGAAGCUCUAGAGGUGAAACUGCAAAAAACUCGAGAUGAUCUCAUCAGGCAGCUCAAUUGCGCUCAGCAGGCGCUUUCCGAGAAGAGCCAAGAGUUGGAGCAUCAGCGUUCAGAAUGGACUCUUCAGAGCAGUACGCUGUCGAGCCGUCACGCCGACGAGUUGCGGUCCGAGCGGGAGAAGACGACCGAGUUGCAGAACCGCCUGCAGCAGCAGACGCAGCAACUCCGCCAGGACCUGGAGAGCGCUCACCAGCGCAGCAGCCGGCAGAUGCAGAGCCGCCUGGCGGAACUGGAGACUUCCUGCGGGGAGCUGACUGACAGGAAGUACAAGAACGAGGCCGUCCUCAGGGACCUCGAGUCCAAGCUGGCGGGUGUGGAGGAGGAGUGCCAGCGCGCCAAGCAGCAGGCGGCGUCACUGAGGCGCGAGAACGGCUCUCUGGAUGCGGCGCUGCGCGACAAGGAGCGCCUGGCCAACCGGCUGCAGACGCGCGUGGCCGUGCUGGAGCAGAAAGUGAAGGACGAGGAGGCGCUGGUGAGCCGAACCGAGGAGGCGCUGAAGGCCACGCGGCAGCAGAAGGAAUCCGUCCAGGAGAACGCUCAGAGCAAAGAGGUUCAGCUCCGAAACCUUGAAGCCCAGGGCAAGAUUUUGUCUGAAGAUGUCAAGAAGGGCAACGAGAUCAUCAGGAAGUUUCAGUGCGAGCUGCAAGUUCAGCUGGACAAGCUGAAGAUGAGGGACCUGGCGCUGCUGGCGCAGGAGAAGGAGCUGGAGCGAGCUCAGAACGAAGCGCGAGACGCUCACCAGCGGCUCGGCGCCAAGGACGAGCAGAUUGUGGAGCUGAAGGAGAAGCUGGAGUCCAGCGUGCAGAAGCUGACUGAAACCAAGGGAGUGUUACAGAAAAAUGAGAACGUGAUCAGCUGGCUGAACAAGCAGCUGAACGAGAAGCAACUUUCGGAGAAGUUUGCGGAGCCUUUGGAGAACACGUUGGCGGCGGCGCUGACAUCAGCAGGACCCCGAGUAAGCGAGAGCGUGUCGUCGUCUUUGUCGCUCGGACGUACUUUUUCUUUUGUCGUUUUCAUUUUCCAGCAGGCACACUUUUAUCCGCACGCGACAAUAGCUGCUGUGACGCCUGACAUCGUUCACAAACACGCAAUGAGCGACUCUGCCGGUCUGGAUGCCAAAUACUUUAAGAGGAGAGACGACAGCGUCCCCGUUUACGCUCUUCCGGACGCGCUCGUUCCCCGAGAGUGCCCACCUCAACGCACCAAAGCUCCUGUGGCAUCAGCGUACUUCACCGAUUAAACACGCACACACCUACACACACACACGCACUCUUUUGUUUUUAUUUGCACGCCGCACAGAUCGGGUUGUCCGUUUUUGUUUGUACUUGUCAUUGUUUCUUUAAUAAAUCAACUUCCCAUGGUUGUUAUUGUACUUA